UUUUAUGAGCACGCUCAGCCAACACGCUCAACCGUGUUUCGCGGAAGGCAGGACACUGUGUAGCGUGUAAAGUUUACACGGCACCUCGUGCGUAGGCGAAUAACACACAUGGCCGCGUAUAAAACCAACACGUUUUGAUUGUCCACUGUGGGACAACGAUUUACACGUCUGGGCGUGUUAUUUUUGCUAACAGUGUAUUAUCUUCAUAAUGUAUAUUAUGUGAAGCACGCAUGCCGUCUUGAUUUUAAAAAAAGCCGAACCCAUUCUCUUUUGUAGGUGGAGGAAGAAAACCUUUGAUUACUUCAAGGACCUCGGAAUACCUGGACCUGAGCCGAGUAUUAUUUGGGGAAAAGUUGCAGAGUACCACAGAAACGUUUUACAACGGUGAUGUUCCAAUUCUCGUGAUCAAGGACAUUGAUUUUUUGGAUUAUAUUUUUGUGACGAACUUCAAAAACUUCGCUGACCGCGGGUUACAAUGAGAACGGAUCAAGUGCAUUCAUCACUUGGAGAGUCCUUGAUUCACGCCAAGGGAUUGCAAUGGCGAUUUCUUCGAAGCUGCACCUCGCCGGAGUUUACUUCGCACAAACUGAAACAGAUGAUGCCUUAUCUCGUUGAGCAAGGAGACAUAUUCAUCAAUGACCUGGGUAAACUUGCCGAUGAAAGAAGGGAGGAAUCAAUGCUCGACGCUUUCCAAGCUCUUUCCAUGGACUUCAUAUGUCGAGCCGCUUUCGGAAUAGACACCGACUUUCAGCAUAACAUCAAAAAUCCUUUCUACGUCCAAGCUGAAGGUGUUAUUCCAGGGAUGAUGAAAGGCCCUUUUCACGCCGUAGCACAGUGCACGACAACAUUUGGACGAUUAAUUAAGCCCUUAUCAUGGCUGAAUCGAAUACUCGGAAGUUUCACCAUGGAAAUAUUUGCUCGGGAGAUGAAGAAGGUUGUAAGACUGAGAACGCAAAAUCACGGUAUGCAAAGAAAUGAUAUGUUGCAAAAUUUCUUGGAAGCGGAAGUGAUUAACAAGUACCCCUUCAAUAAAAUCGCAUCAAUGAACGCCAAGAACUCAGAAGGCAGACAAGAAAACCUUCGUCGUCUCUCCGAAGAAGAGGUGGUGUUGCUGAUGACUGUUCUUUUUCUCGGAGGUUUUCAGACCACGUCGGUAACGCUAAGCUUCAUGUCCUUGCUACUGGCUAUGCAUUCGGAAGUUCAAGAGAAAGUGAGGCAGGAAGUGAAGGCUGCCAUUGGAACUUCGGGAUGCUGGGAUUACGAUACCACUAUACACAAACUGAAAUAUACAACCCAGGUCAUGAACGAGACGUUGAGAUUAUAUCCACCAUCACUCACGUUUCACACAAGAAUUGCAAAAGAAAGUUUUGAAUACAACGGCACAACGUUCAAGGCCGGGACCUGCAUCCUUGCUCCCGUCAGCCAAAUACAUAGAGACCCGCAGUAUUGGCCCGAGCCAAACAAGUUUGACCCUGACAGGUUUAGUCCAGAAAACAAAGGAAGUUACCGCAAGAACGCGUUCCAACCCUUUGGUGUUGGACCACGAUGUUGUGUCGGCUACAAGUUGGCUCUCGUGCAAGCAUUGUACAUCACGGCGAGGAUGGUUGCCGACUUUAAGAUUGAACUUGGAGAAGCACAAAAGGGUGUCAUUGAGAUGCGUUCUUCGGGUAUGAUGGCUGCUCCCGGCAAUGGGCCCUGGAUAAAAUUCACGCGGCUCUGAAUCAUUAUUAACUUACCACGCGUGUGCUCGAACGCAGCGUUGGAGCCUGGACGAUGCUUUACAGAAUUCUUGCACCUUCUACACUGUUUUUAACUUAAAGCUGGUUCAAGCACUACGGUUUGAAUGUGAAAUCGUGCGUUAUGACCGCUUCUUACCGCUUACUACGAGAUAACACACCGGCGCCGUUUAUUGGUUAACGUUGUCCUGCUUUAGGUCUAAGUAUACUUCCGUAUUGUUUUUUUACUAUCAUUCUGUCAAUACGAUCUGGGAAAUGUUCUGGCAGUGUUAUCAGCGAUCAUUUUUCAUUGCUAAUGCGCAGAUCUGAAAUCGUAUGUAUGACAAAACCGCCAGAUUAGUUGAUGAUAGGAAUCAUUCAAGGCUAUUUACACACUUGUGCGACAUUUUUUUGUACCCACAUACCAAAUUUAUGAAUAUCUACGAACUCUCCACCCCUUAACUUCAGUAAAAAUAAAAUGAGAACAUGGUGUACUCAAGUAAAUGAAGACUAACAAGUCGUUCUCACUAUUUUUUUUAUUUAUUACGUCUCUUCAGUCUAUAAACAAAUGCACUUGGAAUUGAAAUUUUAA